AUGCACGUUCAAUAUAUCAAAAUGAGAUGGGGAACUGGUGAUAACUAUUCCUAUCUUUUAACGGAUGAUAGUACCACAGAUUCAUGGAUCAUUGAUCCAGCUGAACCAGUUGAAGUUUUAUCUGAAUUAGAAAAAGCUGGUGUUAAUCUAAAAGCAAUAGUUAAUACUCAUCAUCAUUAUGACCAUUCAGGUGGUAAUCAAGAAUUAUACAACAAAUACAAAUUACCUGUCAUUGCCGGUAAAGAUUCUCCCCUAGUUUCAUAUGUUCCAAAAGAUGGUGAAGUUUUGAAAUUAGGUUCAUCAAUUGAAAUUAAAGCUAUUCAUACACCAUGUCAUACUCAAGAUUCUAUAUGUUAUUAUGUAACAGAUUUCAAAAAUCCACAACAAAGAUUUGUAUUCACAGGUGAUACAUUAUUUACUGCCGGUUGUGGUAGAUUUUUUGAAGGUACAGGUGAAGAAAUGGAUACAGCUUUGAAUUUCAAACUAGCUAAAUUGCCAAAAGAUACAGUAGUUUUCCCAGGUCAUGAAUAUACUAAAGGAAAUGUCAAAUUUGCUAAAACACUUUUACAAAACAAUGCCAUUCAACAAUUGGAAAAAUUUGUCAAUGAAAAUGAAGUUACCACUGGUCAAUUUUCAAUUGGUGAUGAAUUAGAAUUUAAUCCAUUUAUGAGAUUAGAUGAUGAAUCAAUUACUUCAAAAUUGAACUUAACUUCAAGAAGUGAUGUCAUGGACAAGCUAAGAGAAUUGAAGAACAAGUCAUGA